AAGAUGAUGAAUGUGUCAUUUUCUGGUUGCGGCUUCCUUGGGAUAUAUCAUUUGGGUGUAGCCAAGACUUUGGUAUCAGAGGGCAAAAAAUUUGUGAACAUGAUUUCGAGAUUUGGGGGAUCAUCCGCUGGGGCUCUUAUUGCUUCUUUGUUGGCCAUUCACGGACCUAAUGAAGACGCUAUUGAGUUAUGCAGGCAGUUUUGUAUAGACCUAGCAGAAGAAAUAAAAAGCAAAACAUUUGGGGUAUUGACACCAGGAGUCGAGUUGUUGAACCCCAUUGCAAAAUUUCUCGAGGACAGUUUCACACGAUGCUCAUAUCAGGGCUUCAGGUUAGGGCUGUUCAUAUCGGUAACAAAUGCCGAGAGCAAAGAGAACGAGAUCAUAUCUGAGUUCUCAUCGAGGGAUCAACUCAUCAAAUUUUUAUUAGCUAGCAGCUGUGUGCCGUACAUUACUAACUCGAAAUCAAUAAGAAUCGGCAACAAGAGGUAUUUUGAUGGUGGCCUGACAAACAACAUGCCCCUGUUUUACGAAGGUGAGACCAUUUGCGUCUCCCCAUUUGAGGGCAAACACGAGAUUUGCCCCUCCAUCAGCCAACCAAAAACGUCGCCGUUUGCGUCAUCGUUCGCGACGUCAUCGUCGUCGUCGUCGUUCACGCUGUCUGCCAGUGGCUUGUACCCCAUUGACCGCAGCCACGUCACCUUUGCUAAUCAAAAUUUCAAGGUCGUUAGGUGUGUGGGGGGAGUGUGA